AUGGGCAAUAAUUCUUCAAAAAACUCUCAACAGGCCAACAAUGAGACAGAAAAUUCGUCGACACUAUUCAAUCGACGAAAAGUCAAUGGGAAUACAAAACAGAUAUAUGACUCAUGUACAAUGUGUCUAAAUUCAUUUGGAAUAAAUGAAGAUCGUGUUCCACGAAUAUGUAUUAAUACAAAAUGUAGUCGCCUAUAUUGCGCCCAAUGUGUUAGCUCAGUACAAACACUCAACGGAAAUUACAAACGAUUUCGUUGUAUGUAUUGUUUACUUGAAUAUCCUCGCGAUAAAACACCGAUGGAACAUCAAAUACUAAUACAACAAUUGUGGAGUACUAUGACUAUAAAAUAUGGUAUUCGCUACACGAGUCAUUUACUAUCGAGACAAUUAACACAAAACAAUAUGAUUGAUCUUUGGUGUGAUAUUGAAUGUCGACGGCGACAUCUAGUAAAUCUUAUUUCUACACUUGAACGUUUCGCUCGAUGGACCCAAGCACAUCAAGUAAUGACGGAUGCACAUAUUAUGGCCGAAAAACUAUUGGACUGUGUUACACGAAUAAAAAAAUAUCCGAUUGAAAAUUUGAAUACAUGUCAAGAAGAAUACAAACAAAUUAUAUCGACGUCAGAUCAAGAUAACCACGAUGGUGUUGGUUCACACUACAUUCGUAUAUGUGAACGUCUACUUGUUGAUAUAUCAGAUGCUGAAUUCUAUAGAGCAUUCACAAAUACUCAUGCGAAAAUGAUCGAAUGGAAUUGUGCACUUGUUUCAAGUGAUCAGUUUCAACCGCAAAUUCUUGAUUUACUCGUAACCAUCGAAAAAGAUCUUAACGAUCAAUGGUUGCAUCAUCGUCAUGAUAUUGUACGAGCUAAGAUCGGCAUUAUUGGUUAUACAUGUGUUGGCAAAAGUACCAUUCUUAAUCGCUUACUUGGUAUUGAAAAUUUAAUCACUGAUGAAUCGUCACCUGUACGCAGCAUAAAAAGUACGUACUAUCAAUUACAAUUCAAUCGAAAAGAACCACUUGUAUCUCCGGCUAAUCCAUUGAAGACAACAGCUAUCACACUUGUCGAUAUUCAAGGCCAUGAUAAGGACAUGGCUACGGUUGAUAAUCAAGUUGAACCAGGCAAUUAUCUCGAUGAAAUUCGUAAGGCUGACUGUGAUAUUUAUCUGUUAGUAUUUGCUGAAACACUUCGGCAUGAGCAACACGGUUGGAUCACUUACAUUGAACAGACAUUAAAGCGACAUUGCAUUUUAGUACGAUCCAAAGUAGACAUUGAUUUUUUGUCUAAAUUUCGUGAACGUUCAGGCAUAUUUUUUGGUAGCAGUACAGCCGAACAACGUGCUCAAUAUACAUCAACCAUUAUUGAACAGUUGAGAUUCGACAAUGAGAUUGAAUCACAUCAAGUCUAUCUAACAGCAGCUGACUAUAUGCCAGCUAGUUCCGAUGCUGCGUUGCUAUUGAAAGAACAAUCGUUUGAUAUGAAAAGCUUAUUCGAUGAAAUAAGUCGUUUAGCAUUCGACGCACGUAAUCAUCGUAUUCAUGCACUUGGAAUGCGAGCGUUGGCACGUGUUAUGAACAUAUGCUUCCGUCGUGGCUAUGUAUUGAACGUAUUCAAUUAUAAAAUUGGAGCUGGAUUUGCGGCCAUUGUUCCAUUCGGUGAUCAAUUGCCACGCUAUCUAGCUAGAGAUCAUAUUCGACAUGCGUUUGGUCUGACAAAAGAUUUUCGCCAAUAUUUGACUCAAUAUCAUUUAACUGUCGAUCAAGGUUGUUUGCAAACAUCAACGCUUGAAAAUUGUGUUACCGCAACAAUGAUGAAAUCAAAGUCAAGUAAGACCUCAUUGGGAGCAGCAGUCGGUGGAGCUUUUAUGGCCGGUGCUCCAUUUUCGGAUGAUAUCUUUCGAGCAGCUGCACCAGCUGCAGUGGCUAUAACGGGCGGAGCGCGAAUUGCACUUACUGCUAGUACAGCUGUGGUAGGUGUAGUUAUAUCGGCUGCUGUUUGUGCCUGGUCUGCCGUUGAUAGUGGCAAACACAUUUUCGGCUAUGUCAAUAGAAUAUGUGAUGAUCUCAUUUUAGUCAGUAGUCCAUUAAUUGCUACAAUUAUUGAUUUAAAUACAAAAAAGUACGAACAUAAUCUUUAA